AUGACAAACCUGCCGUCCGGUGCCGCGUCCUUAGCAAUGGAGUCCGUCAGGGUUUUCGAGGGAGUUGUAAAACAGAAAAAUAAUCCAACAUCUAAAGAUACUGUAGAUGAGCCAUUUUCUUGGGAAGCUCGUGAGUUCCUUCGUAAAAAGCUUGUUGGAAAAAAAGUAUUUUUUAAAACUAUAACUAAAGUAUCUAGUGAUGGAAAAACAAUUCGAAACUAUGGUGACAUAUUUUAUCCAACAUUGGAGGACAAUGUUGUUUAUGAGCUUGUUGAAAAUGGUUUAGUAACUGUUAAAAAUUUAAAGUCAAAUAAUCCAAAUCCGGAAGUUCAAGCCCUAGUUGGUCUUCAGAAAAAGGCCAAGGCAUCUAAGGUUGGAAAAUGGGACCCUUAUGCAAAGAACWCUGCAAAGAAAAAUAAUUCGAUUGUUGAUGUUGAUGCAUUCUUAGAGAAAAAUUCUAAAAAACGUAUGAAGGCUAUUGUCGAAUCUGUUAUUGACGGGUCCACCAUCAAGCUGUUAUUGUUGCCUGAAAGAUGCAUGAUCACUCUUUAUCUUUCGAGAAUCAAGUUUAACAAAGAUCAACAAUGGUACCGCGCUAAAGUAGAAAAAGUUGCUGGACCGAGCAUACAUGUUUUGUAUAUUGAUUAUGGUAACAGAGACGUAGUGACUGCUGAAGAGUGUGCUGAUUUGCCACUUGAUUUUAAAGAUGACCAACCGUAUGCCAAAGAAUAUGGAUUUGCACUUGUGAAGCUACCCAAGUUUCCUGAAUAUCAAGAAGAAUCCAUUGCCGCUGUACGUGAUGAGUUCAUUAACAAAACAAUCAACAUMAAUGAAGMAUACACUUACAGCAAUCUUACUCACGUUACCGUGAAAGACGCAGACAAAAAAGAAGAUCUCGUCAAGAAAUUGGUCGAAGAAGGAUUCUUGUUGGUUGAAAGACUUCGUAAAAAAUAUUUGCAAAAAUUGUUGACCGAGUACAUUGAGGCUCAAGAAAAGGCUAAGAAGGAUCGGUUACAUAUUUGGGAAUAUGGUGAUAUCACAGAAGAUGACGCUAAAGAAUUUGGUUAUGCUAAAUAA